AUGUUUAAAUUAUGUUUUUAUAUUUAUUUGUUGUUAUAUAUUUUAUUUGUUGUCAACAAUGGUUUAGAUAGUUUAGAAGAAGAAUGUGAAAAUAAUCAGUUGGAAAAAGUUAAAGAUAGUGAUAUUUAUAUAAAAUGUGUUGGAUGUCAUGAAAUAUAUAUAAAAUCAUCGACAUCAACAUCAAUAACAACAUCAUUACAAUCAAUAGAGAGUUGUAUUAUAAGUGAAAUAUGUGAUGAUUACAAUAAUUGUACUGCCGAUGGAUGUAAAGAUGGAAAGUGUAUACAUACUCCAAUUGUUUGUGAUGACAACGAUCUUUGUACUGCCGAUAGUUGUCAAUCUCCGAAUGGUUGCCUACACACUCCACUGGAGUUGAAGAAGAAGAAGAACGAUGUAUCUACACUCCAAUCAAUUGUAACGAUAGCAAUAUCUGUACGAUCGAUAGUUGUAACUCUGCCAAUGGUCAAUGUGUAUAUUCACCGGUUCUCUGUGAUGACAAUGAUCUGUGUACCAAUGACAAUUGUCACAAGUUACUUGGCUGCCAAUAUACUGCUAUCAGCUGUAACGAUAGUAAUCCGUGUACUGUCGAUAGUUGUAUAUCUUCUCAAGGCUGUGAACAUCUUCCUACUGCGUGUGACGACGAUAAUCCUUGUACUGUCGACAGUUGUAAUGUGA